AAUUCCGUAUUAAGCUUAAUUUAUUUCGUAACAUACGAAGAAGCUUUAACAUCGAACGGAAGAGACAAAUAACCCAUGAAGAUAUUGGUGGCCGUGAAACGAGUCAUAGAUUACGCAGUCAAGAUCAGAGUCAAGCCCGACAAGAGUGGAGUGGAGACACAGAAUAUAAAGAUGUCGAUGAACCCGUUUUGUGAAAUCGCUUUAGAGGAGGCACUUAGAAUUAAGGAAGCUGGAUUGGCAUCUGAGAUUGUUGCUGUUAGUAUGGGUCCUAAGCAAUGUGUUGAUACGCUGCGUACUGGUCUUGCUAUGGGUGCUGACCGAGGGAUUCAUGUGGAGGCUAAUGAAGCUUUGGUUCCACUCACUGUGGCUAAGAUUUUUCAGGCUCUUGUGGGUUUGGAGAAACCUGGUUUGAUUAUCAUGGGCAAACAGGCGAUUGAUGAUGAUUGUAAUCAAACAGGGCAAAUGGUGGCUGGGUUGUUAGGUUGGCCUCAAGGGACAUUUGCUUCAAAGGUUUUGCUUGAUAAGGAGAAACAAGUAGCAACAGUAGAAAGAGAGGUGGAUGGUGGUCUCGAGACCCUGUGUCUCGAUUUACCUGCAGUAAUCACUACUGAUUUGAGACUGAACCAGCCGAGGUAUGCGACUCUGCCGAACAUUAUGAAAGCAAAAUCCAAGGUCAUAAAAAAGUACACUCCACAAGAGUUGAACAUUGAAACGAAAUCUGAUAUCGAGGUCGUUGAAGUUACAGAGCCACCAAAGCGAAAAGCCGGAGUUAUUGUUUCUUCUGUGGAUGAAUUGAUUGACAAGCUUAAAAAUGAAGCUCAUGUCAUUUGAUUACUGAGCAGUUUCACUAAAUUUCCAUUGAUAUACUCUUCUCUGCUAAUGUCCAAUAACAGUGCUUAAUUCUGUAUACCAGCUUUUCAGCUGAAUAAAAAAGCUAAUUUAUAAUGAGAUAAAUUCAAAUAAAUUGUACCAA